ACUAAUUCCAAAGGCCAAAAAGGAGAUUAAUCGGGUUUCCAUGAAUGUUUUUUAGGUUCAUAGUACAGAAGAAGGGUCAAACUACCACCAGGGUCAUUAAACUACCACUGGAAAUGCUCCAAACACCUACGAAAACCGUCUCAAAUAUGUGUGCUUGGGCGACGAAAUGUUUAAGCAUACGACCCCCGGGGGCGGGACCAAUCAAAAAUUUAACCAAAACAAUGUCCUCUUUAUUUCCAUAUCGUGUGGAAUGUGGUUAUCAAAUAUAGCAUUUAAUAUGUAUCCACUGACGAGAAAACUGUUAAAUAAAUAAGCAAGUACUCCCUACCUACUGAGGGAGAAGGGGUCACUGUUGAGGAAUCAGCUGAUAGGCCGUGAGUCACGCCGAGGGGAGAGGCGAGGCCGAGGGGACCACAGCUCCUCGGGGGAACAGCACCCAUGGGCUCCCACGCUGGACCCAACACCUCCACGGCCAUCGAGGAGGACCCGCACACUGUCACACAUCUACUCAAUGAAUUAGAAGGCCCAGACACAAGUCGCGUAGCUUUAGUAAUAAGGACCAUUUAUGAUGGAGAUGAACAUGGCAAAUUCAUGGAAAGACUGGACACCAGGAUCCGGAACCAUGACAGAGACAUUGAACGCAUGUGCAACCAUCACUACCAAGGCUUCAUCGACUCCAUCAGGGAGUUGUUACAAGUUCGCUCGCAGGCACACAAGCUCAAGACAGAGGUUGUGAGGAUAGAUGAAGAGGCUCAAGAUUCAGCUAAACAGCUUCUUGCCAAAAGUGAGGAGAUGAUAAAGACAAGAAAAGUGCAAUCCAACAUCUGUGCAGCAGUGGAUGCCCUCACGCUGUGCCUGCCAGUCCUGACCACCUACUCCAAGCUGCAGAGCCAGAUGAAAGACAAAAGAUAUUAUCCUGCUCUCAAAACCCUGGAGCAGCUGGAACACACUUACCUGCCACGUGUUGCCAGUUACCGCUUUGCUCAACAGAUGCGAGACAACAUUCCAAGAGUAAGAGAAGACAUCAAGCAGGCGUCCAUGUCCGACAUCAAAGAUUUCCUGGAAGCCAUUAGACGGGUAUCAACACGCAUUGGGCAGGUGGCCAUGAAGCACGCUGCCCUCCAGUACAACAUGGACCCCAAGUUGGCUGUGACAAGAAAUGAAAGACACGCAGCAUUUCCGCCAAACCCUUUCACUGGUGAAACUUAUGAGGCUCAGUCUGAAGCCCAGAGUGAUGAAGAAGAAGAAUUGUGUGCUCAAGAUUUGAUUAAUUUUGCCCCGGUGUAUAGAUGCCUCCAUAUCUAUACAGUUCUAGGUGCAAGAGAACAGUUUGAGACCUAUUACAGACAACAAAGAAGAGAGCAAGCAAGAUUAGCUCUUCAACCUCCUACUAAUAUGCAUGAAAAUUUGGAAGGCUACCGACAGUACCUGUAUGGCGUUGUGGGCUUCUUUGUGAUUGAGGAUCAUGUCCUCAACACUGGUAAUGGUCUUGUCACCAGGUCAUAUCUUGAUGAAGUAUGGGAUAUGGCUUCAGGCAAGGUCGUCAACAACAUACGCAAUCAUUCCUCCUACUGCACGGACACCUACCUUAUGCUGAACAUCAAGAACCUCAUCAUGCUGUUUGCCCACACGCUGCAGAACUAUGGCUACACGGUCAACCCCUUGCAUGAGCUGCUGCUGGAGGUGAAGGACCACUACAACGAGGUGCUGAUGCAGAAGUGGGUCCAGGUAUUUAGGGAUAUAUUUGAGAAAGACAACUAUCAUCCUGUUCAAGUUGACACACUUGAAGAAUACAACCGAAUCACAGAAGUAUUUCCUUACCAAGAUCCAACUCUUGAGCAAGCCCCAUUCCCCAAACGCUUCCCUUUCUCUAUGAUGGUCCCAAAGGUGUAUCGGGAAGUGAAGGUGUACAUCUCUGCUUGCCUCGAGUUUUCAGAAGACUUAAAUCUAAGCCAAACAGAAAAGGAGGACAUGGUUCGUAAGUCCACCAACCUGCUGCUGACCCGAACAUUGAGUGGGUGUCUCGCAACACUCAUCAAGCGGCCCGGCCUGCGCUUGCUGCAGCUUAUUCAGAUUACCAUCAACACCUUGCAUUUGGAGCAUGCCAACGUCUUGCUGGAACACUACGUUGCCAAACUGACAGGGAGCAUAGAAGACGCCAGUAAACCCGGCCUUGGAAGACUACAGGGAAAAGCCAUGUUCAAAGACAUCAGAGGGGAGGCAGAGGAGCAGAUCUACAUUGCUCUGAGGCUCAAGAUUGAUGAAUUCUUGGACUUGGCAGCAUAUGACUGGAUGCUGGCUGAGCCCCAAGGAACAUCCUCCUCCUAUGUGACAGAUCUCAUUGCCUUCCUGAAUUCUACCUUUACGGCCUUUACUAACUUGCCUGUUCGAGUGGCCCAAACUGCUUGUAUGUCUGCUUGCCAACAUGUCGCCAAAUCCCUGAUGGCAAUGUUGCUCAGUGAGGAUGUCAAGCAGAUGUCACUAGCAGCUCUUGAACAAGUUAACCUUGACGUCAUUCAGUGUGAACAAUUUGCAGCCUUUGAGCCAGUUGAAGGGUUUGAAGAGGGUGCCCUGCUUAUGUGCUUCUCUGACCUAAGACAACUCUUGGACUUGUUCAUGACAGAAGAUUGGUCAACAUACUUCCAUGACUAUGGAUCUGAGAAUUCUAAAUACCUCAGAGUUAGUCCUCAUAAUGCUAUAAUUGUUGUAGAAAAGCUGAGGGAAGGUGAGAAGCGAGGGAUGUUCUCCAUCCUCAAGAGAAGUGAUAAGAAGAAGCUCCUGGAAACUGUCCUGAAGCAGCUAAGACAGCUGACCCAGCAGCAGCAUGCCUCCUGAGCUGGCGUGGGUAGGCAGUGUUACGUUUCUCUGGUUUAAUUUGUUUUACUUAAUGUUAUUGGCUAAACAUAACAGUAACCAAAGAAAAUAAGGAAGUAACUAGAUUAUUUAAUGAGAUUACUUUCAGUAUAUUAAUAUUUAUUUAUUUUUGUGAUAUGUAUGUCAGUUUCUUCUGUGCUAGGUACAAAAAUCUGUAUAUAUUCAUGAGGUAUGAAAAAGAGAAUGUAUAUUAUAUGAGUUAAGGCAAUUUAUAUAAUGCAUUUAUACUGUUUUCUUUACUUAGUCACAAAAUUAUACUCUUUUCUUGUUGAAUGUUGUCUCAAAAGUUCUUGCAGUGACAUAGAUAUUAUACUUCAGCAGUGGUUGCCAACUUGAGUGUAGUAACCCCAAACUGUGCAUUGUUAUAAUGGUGCUCAUCUACCAUGUAUAUUUGCAUUAAAUUUCAAUUUUUUUAAACUAAUUUUUAGGGUUCAGUAUAUGUGGUUGGCUAUUUAAUAGAUACCAUUUUUGAGGGGCUGAAGUUUAUGACACUAGUUGAAAAUAUAGCAUUGACCAUUUGAUAAAGAGCAAAAGUUGAGAAAUUACUGUACUAUGAUUUUUAGCAUCAAAAUGUUUGAAGCCAUAUCACAGACCUGGAAACAUGAGUGCAUAAAAUGUGGCAGCUGAAACACUAAGAAUCAAUAACAAGCUCAUAAAUUUCAAUGAGAAGAAGAAGAGGCUUUAGGGAUUUGCAGCUGUAUUUGACUGGUAUUUAGGAGUGGGAUCUAACAAAAUUAGUUUGGAGUCACUCAGGCAAAAGGAGCAUGUGGCUGUAUGAGUAGGGAAAAAAGGCCCAAUUAAAAUAUCAUCUAGUGUCAAAAGAUGGUGUGCUUCCCUGCCUUUGUGCAGGUGUGUUAGUAGAGGCCAGGUAUAUUUUUUUACCAAGGCUCUGGACAAAUGUUAGAUGAUGAUUAUAUGGUGAAUAAAGACAUGGAGAGCUACAUAUUUGUUCACUGAUUAGAAAACUUUGAGACAAAUGGAAGGAAUAUCUACUUUUGUUUAUUAAAAUAAUAUAAUAAAUCAUGGGUCAAAACAUUAAAUAUAUAGUUGCAGUUUUAUUUCUCACAAGUUUCAGCUUUUUUAUCAUUCAGAAUUUGCUUAGAUGUUUCAGCUGCACAGAUUGUUCUGCAUAAGUGAAUUGAGGCAUACUCUCUUAGCAUUUCAACUGUGGCAUUUUAGCAUUUGUGUUUCUGGGUCACAAUUAUGUAAAUGAUUUCAUCCUGACCUUAAACACAGAUGUUGACCUAUUUUUUCUUGAAAGUUAUGGUUCAUGACCAUGAUGUUAAUAUAUGACUAUGUUAUAUUGGUCUUCGUUAAAUCUUAAAAUAUUGAUAUUCUGUUACAUAAAACUAUCCUCUGAUCUUGAACUUUCAAUGCAUUUCUAUGAGAACUUACUCUAAAGGGGUGGUCACAAGAAAUAAUUCUCAUUGAUCUGUUUCCAAUAAUCCUUCCUUGUUUCUGAGGACCUCUCAUGGUAACUGAGGUAACGAGUAAGUGCAGUGGAGGACACCAAGUCCAGCCAUAGCCAUCACCAAGGAAUGUAUGUCACUUUCCUCCUCUAAGCUCCAGGAAUUCUGUGAAGUGACAAUAGGGAUAAAAUUUGUACUCAUUCAACACCUGAAAUCCACACAAAACUGGAGGUGUUGACACAACCAACCCAUCACAGCAUGCGGGACACCUUUUUCACCUAAUCAGAGUCCUUGCUAACACUGCAGCUUUAAUUUGUCUCUCUUGUCCUGUGCUGUGCUGCUUGGGAUAACUUGCUGCUCCUAGCUUAUGUUUUAUUGCAGUCUUUCAUGGCGUUUAGUAAAGAUGAGUUAGACAUGUUAACAGUGAAGCUGUCAACAUUUUUUUUUUUUUCAAGAUUCCAAUUAAACAGAUGCUUUGAGACUAAGAAGCUCUAGCAGUGAUAAUAGUUGCAAAUAUCUGUCUCUGUCUCCUUUUGUAUGUGACAAACUUGGUCUCCUCCUUUGUGCAUAGCUGCAAAUAAUGUUAAUUUAGAUUUUUAAAUGCAUUACUGUAAACUUGCAUUUGUGUUAAAGGUUUAAUUUUCAACAUUUUUGGUAACAUUGCCAGCUACUUCAUGGAUUGUUACUCUGAGUGGCUACACUUUAGGCCCAAAUCUAAAGCAUCAGCAUUAAUAGAAACCAUUAUCAUUUAAGUGGAGAGAAAAGAAAAACUAAUUCUGUAAAUCAAAAGGCUUGGAACCAUACUAAGCAUCCAAGUCUUUGGGGGUCCAGAUACAUGAACCAAAAAGUCAUAUUUCAUAUUUGUGAUGUAUAAAGGAAAUUCCUAAUACUCUGGACAACAACAGAUUUGAAUUUUACAUACAAUUCAUUUAACACAAGAAUAUAUGGUUUACUAUCUUUAAUUGCAUCUCAAGAUCAAAUACUGUGUUUAAUUUGGGCAACAAUACCAAGUCACACUUAAAUGCUCUCUAUAUAGUAGCUUCUGUACCCUAAUUUUGUAUACUUUCUUUUGCCUAUUUAUUUUAUCCACCUAUGCUUGUUUAUUGCUAGAGAGCUUUACUGGAACAGCCUUAGUUGAAUGAUAUAUGUUCAAUAAUUUUGUAGAGAUUAUCAUAAUGAAAAUUGGAUAGUCAAUAACAUUUUCCAUGUAUUUCACUUUACUAAGUCUCACCCUACUGAAUGGCUCUUAACCUUAAUGAAUUUCUUUAUUUUCAUCCACACCCAGACCUCUUUUGCAUUAACUGACGGGUUGUGUGAUUGCUGUGCCAUUUUCUUUUUUCCCCAAACUUUCCAUUGCAUCAUUUUCAUCUUUACAUCCUUCUGCCACCUGUUGAUUACUGCCAUACCUGUGCCACCCAUCAGUAUCUUGCAGCCCUGAUAUUGACUGGUUGAUUGAUCUUUUAUAUGGUAAAAUACAGAUUGUACAAUCAUCAAGAAUAACAUGAAAAUAUAUGCAAAUACCUAUUUCUAA